AUGACAUUUGCGAAACGAGAAAAAUCGGCGACAAUGUCCGAAGAAGCUUCGAUGCUUCUCGUUCAACUCUACCUCAGAGACGAGGAAAAGUACAAUUCAAAGGUGCUCGGGAAAACGCCGGAAACCGGAAAGACCAUAAAACAGCAAUGUGUCUGUGAUUGGAAAGAUGAGCUAGCGGCGAUUGGAUGCGAUCGAACCGAGGAACAGGUACUUUUUUUUCUCAUUUUACUGGUUUUUCAAAUUUUUCUGAUUUUUUCUGAUAAUUUUUAGGAGAGCAGUCUAAGUGGCUACUUGAGGGUUCAUUAUAGAGUUUACAGCUCAGAGAGAAUUUUUUCUCAUUUGAGGCAAGAAUACAGAAUUGUGUAAGCCGUGUCGUCAUGCCCCUUUAGUGACUACUUGGCGGAUUGAACGAUUCCCUUUGGACUAGCUGAGUGGUCACUUAAGGAGCCAAAUCCAAUCCGUAACUUGAAUGGCUUUUAGAUCAAUAUUAAGUCUUUAAAAGAGUUGAUGAAUUUUUUGCCGAAUUCUUAAAAAGAUUCCAAAUUUAGGCAUUCUCCAUUUUUUUUUUCAGAUCUACAUGAAAAUCAAAGGCGACCUCCACUUUGUCCGUACCAGAAUCGAACAAGAGAAAGCGGAAAUAAAUACUUGUGGACUUGGAAAUUUUAAAAAGCUGCCCGUUUUGAAUGCACCCAGACAAGUUCUCUACGAUCAUUUGAUAGGUCUGCAGUCGGUGCAAGAAAUGGUUGGAACUUUUGACGGUGAAUUUUGCUUUUUCUGUAAAGGGGAUCGAACCUACUGGGCUACAAAAAAAUCAAAAAUUUUCAGGUCGAGUAAAUGGUGAAUUAGAAGACGAGGACAUGUACGAAGAGCCGCUCCCGCAGUCUUCUAUCACUGGUACAGUUCAAAUAAUUCAUUUCUCUAGGAUUUUGCUCUGUUAACUUUCUCAAUAUUUUAAAACCUUGAUUUCUUUUUUGAUAAAAGAAAAUCUGCUUCAUACAUCGAGUGAAUCCCACCCAGCCUUUUGCGCACGAAAAAAAAACUGAAAAUGUACUAAAGUACUGGGAAAAGCUGUAGUGGGUCCUAUAGGGAGAAAACGAACCCCCUUACGGAGGUACGGACCCACUACAGCUUUUCCCAGUAGGCCGCAUUUUUUGGAGGGUGAGCCGCAAAGUGAGGGGGGUUGGCCGGGAUGGGAUCCAGCUGACUUAUGAUCAGCUUCUUAAAAUACGAACUUUUCUUGGAGAAGAAAAUAAACCUAGAAAAUGAGUUUUACAUCUAAAUUUGCUCUACUGGCACGUUCUCCGCUCGUUCCUAUAUAUCCAGACUUGAAAAGAAAUCAACCACUACUUUAGGGACCACUAAAAUAUUAAAAUAGUAAUUUGUACAGUUUUCAGAAGCCUUGAUGGCUUGUUUGAAUGAAGUAAAACCGGCCAACGAAGUGGAACCGACUAUUCCAGUUAUGAGACCACAAAAACGACCAGCCCCUUCAGAAGAAAGGUAAAACGAGUCCAUUCUCCACAGCUUAAAAAAUUUUGGUCGCACUUGGAAUGGCUCAGUGCGUCGCGGUUUGAAAUAUGACUUCUCGAGAAUUUGGCAACUUAAACUUGAGCAGUUUCUGAGCCCAAGCUUAAAUUUGUCGUAAAAAUAGGGAUUCAAAAAUUAACCGCUUCACUUCAAGCCAUUCCGAGUGCUCUAAAGACCUUCCACUACCGAAAAAAAAAAUGAAAAAAGAAAUAUUUCAGCCCUGAAAUCGUGAAAAAACGCGUCCUACUGCUCGACAAAGAAAUCGAAAAUGCUGAUAUUCAACGAAAAUUGCUUCUAGUGAAACUGGAAACGGCUCAGAUUGAACUACAAUGCGCCAGAGCUCGAGCCGUCAAGGAAUACAGUUCAAAAAAAUUGAUAUAUAAAUUUUUUUAAUGAACUUAUUUCAAUUAAAAUCGUCUGGAAUCCAGUGCAAAUCUAUAAUUUUUUUGAAGAUUCAAAGCGAUUUUUCUGAAAAAAAGGAUCUCAAGAAUAAAAAGUACCCAAGAAGCUUAGGUUCACGUCAUUUUUCACGGCUGAUUUUUUUCUGAUAAACUAUAAUUUUUCAUUCACAUUUUUUUAAGAUCUUUCUUCACUUUGAAAACCAUCCGAAAAAAAGAAAAUUUUCAAGUCCAAGUUCGAAGAGAAAUUCUACUGUCGUUCAGUUCAUUUCAGUAUAAAUUGAUCGGUUUCAAAAAUUUAAGUCAUUAUUUUCUUUUGAACCUUCAAGACCUUAUUUUACCUUAACUUUAAGGUCAUCAAAGAAGUUUUCUGAAAAGGAUGCCAAGAAUAAAAUAACCCACGAAGCUUAUACCCGCCCACUUUUACGGCUAAAUUUAUUUUCAAAACCAUGAUUUACCCCAAAAAUCUUUAAAAACCCCUCAAAACGGACAUAUUCCAAUCGUAUCACGACGUUGGCAGCGACAAUUACCAGCCGGUACUGCUUAGUGGUUCCUUGGCGCGAGAAAUGGACCUCCAUCGCCGAGGAGACCGGCAAACGGCACGUCGUCUCAGACGGCAACUAG